AUGCCUGCCUCUAGAAACCUGUCAAACCUAUUUCACGAAAAUAUGUUUUAUAACUGCAUAACGAAGCCCACUCGUGUGACAGACAGUUCUGCAACAUUGCUGGAUCAUAUCUGGACAAAUGACCUUGCACAUAAUCUGGAUAAUACAAUAAUAUACUCUCAUAUAUCUGAUCACUUUCCAGUACUUUCUGAAUUCAAGUCUAACGUAACAAUAGCACAAUCUGGCAAAAUAGAUAUUCAGUAUAGGGAUUUCUCGGAGCAAAAUGUCCAGCUGUUCACUCAGCACUUGCAAACUGUGUCUUGGGACUUGGUUUAUAUUCCUGCCAAUCCUAAUAUCAAGCUUGCCAAUUUCUAUACUAUAUUCACAACUUCAUUCAAUGUUUUCUUCCCUUUGUUACAUAAAUCUCUAAAGCCCAGAGCCCCUGCCAAGCCAUACAUAACAUCAGAAAUAAAAACUUUGAUUGCCCAAAAGAAUAAAUUGCAAAGAAAAUAUGCAAUAUAUCCCCUGACUUAUGGAGAAGCCUUCCGCUCAAUUAGAAAUCAGUUGACCACCACUAUCCGUAAUGCAAAGUCAACUUACCUAAAAAGCAAGUUACUUCAAGAUCCUAGUAACUCACAGACGACCUGUGACAAGACCACGUGUAAACAAACCCACUCAAUCAAUGUUAGUGUCACAGUUCAGGAAGUGCUGGACACAAUUAAAUCUACAAAAGAUACUUCCGCUGGUCACGAUGAAAUACCCAUAAAACUAUUUAAAAAGAUUGCUCCAUACAUAGCCCAUGUAUUAGUUGAUAUAUUUAAUGCUUCUUUUCAAACUGGAACAUUCCCCGAUACAUUAAAGAUCGCCAAAGUCAUACCCAUUUUUAAAGCAGGUGAUAAAAAUUCAAUUAAUAAUUACCGCCCCAUUUCCAUGUUAUCAACAUUAGCUAAGCUACUUGAGAAAUUGGCAUUAAGACGCUUAGAAGAAUACUGUAAACGCAAUAAAGUAAUAACACCUUCCCAGUAUGGCUUUGUCGAUGGAAAAUCCACUCAGUCUGCUCUCGUAGAUUUUACUAGUUCAGUAUUACGUUCAUUUGAUAAUAAAUUGUUCACACUCAGUAUAUUCUUAGACUUUAGCAAAGCAUUUGAUACUGUAAACCACAGAAUUUUGUUACGGAAAUUAGCUCACUAUGGUAUUAAAGAUAACGCCAAUAAUUGGUUUAAUUCUUACUUAACAAAUAGAGUACAGUAUGUUUCAUAA